AUGUCGCAAGGAGGUAAACCACAACAGGGUAACUCAAAUACGCAGCAACGCAAACAAAAUGCUUCCUGUAAAGGAUCGACGGCACACAUUUGGGGAACGGACGUGUACGUUCCUACGGCGGCAGCGGCCACUACCAGCGUUCGUCGUAGCUUUCAAUCAUUACAGAUCUCCCAUCACGUGAAGGGGAAAGCUGCGAGGGUAGAGGCCGAAGACAAUAUUGUCGGGAUAAAGUGGACGUCGACGGGGACGAUCCGCCACCGUUGUAGCGUGCGCGACUCGAGUCGCUCCUCACUCGCGGUGUCACCCAGGGAUCAACAACUACCAGUCUCAAUAUUGAUGCUAUGCAUCUGCACUAUCACACCGCAGGCUGUCAGCGUAUCUACAUCAGAUUUUGGCCUGUCCAAUGGAGCUGGUCCCCCUCAUGGACUUGUGCGUCCAGUGCGAAAAGAAAUGGAAAGACAGGGACUACUGACUGAGUUGGAUCAACAGGAUUACCUACAGAGAUUUUACGGCCACAUCGAGCUAUUGGAUCGGAAACGAUUGUCCAGUUUGCUUGCCAAUCCCGGGCCGAAAACCGAGCACCUCCACUCUUCCAAUAUGCGCCGCAAAAGAGGAUGGGAAUGGGCCGACACUAAACUCGUUGCCGACCUACCUUAUCUCAAGGCUAUUUCUGGUUCUAUCGAUCCCACUAACUAUCAUCAGAACGGUACCGUUGUAAGGGUUCUAGAUGAGGUGCAGGGCUCCGAGCUGAUCGAAGUCGUACAAGCGCUACUGGCACAAGUGUGCAUCCAAUUCAAGCAACAAGACGCGACAGAAUGCAGUGCCGGAGUGCAAUGGGCCGAUUAUGGUAGAGGCGCUCUGGGCAACACAAGGGGCAUAGAAUCCUUUGGCAGUCUUUCGCAAUUUCCUGAUUACCAUAGCUUGGGCCGUGGCUUGUAUAUUUCCGUUGUGAUACUUAUGCCACCUUUUCGUACGGCUCGGGCAGCGAUCUCACAAAGUAUCGGACCGUCAAGUUUACGCUCGGUGGCUGCGACCACCGCCCUGGACGGUAGCAAUGCGGUCGUAGUGGAAUCGCAUAAGGCGAUAAGCACAAAACUAUGA